UAGUUUUAUAAUUGUGUCUUGGCAACUCUGAGAUAAUAAACAAAACAAACAAGUGAGUUUGACAGCAGAAAAUUUACAAGACAAAUCAUCAAUUUUCAGCGGAUUUUACCUUGUUUUUCCAAUUUAAACACUUAAUUAACCACAAUGGAUUCCAAAUUAGAUAUGAUGGAAGACUAUUCCAAUGCUAGUUUGGAAGGUGACAUGUCUAUUCCGGGUGCUGCACGCACAAAUGCUCCCAUAGGAGCUCCGGACUUUAAUACUUUAGAUGAACCUAUAAAAGAGACUAUUCUUCGUGAUAUACGUGCGGUGGGUGUUAAAUUUUAUCAUGUCUUAUAUCCCAAAGAAAAAUCUAGUCUCUUGAAAGAUUGGGAUCUUUGGGGGCCUUUAGUGCUUUGCACCUUCAUGGCCACCAUUCUACAAGGUUCUGCUGAUGCGCAAUAUGAUGGUGGCCCUGAAUUUGCUCAAGUGUUUGUGAUAGUAUGGAUAGGUGCGGCCAUUGUUACACUAAAUUCUAAGCUUCUAGGAGGAAAUAUUUCUUUCUUUCAGUCGGUUUGUGUUUUAGGUUAUUGUCUAACACCCGUGGCUAUUUCCUUAAUAGUUUGCCGUAUCAUACUUUUGGCUAAACAAACUAAGUUGUUGUUCUUUUUGCGUCUUUUAACCACAACAAUGGGUUUUUCUUGGGCCACUUAUGCUUCCUUCAUCUUUCUGGGCAACAGUCAGCCUCCAAACCGUAAGCCUUUGGCGGUUUAUCCCAUAUUUUUAUUUUUCUUUAUUAUAUCUUGGUUAGUGAUAUCAAACAAUUAAAUUUAUUUAUAAUUUUGUUAAUACAUAAUAGUUAUUAAUUAAAUCCUAAUUAAAAAGCAAGCAAAAAUGUCAAAAUAAAUUAUAUGCAU